AGGCGCGGCUCCACUGUGCGCAUGCGCGGAUGUGAGCGGCUUGGCGGGGUGUUUGAGCUCAGUUCCGGGUUUAACACACAGUUUAUAUUCCUGUUAAAUGCUGGAACUCUGUUGUGUUGCAUUAAGAGAGAAGAUGGUGGAAGGACCGGGCUGCGCUCUGAACGGAGAGAAAAUCCGCUCCACAGUGCAGGAGGGACAGAAAGUGCUGCAGAUCAGAGGACAUGCGGGAGACGUGUUGCAGUGUUUCAGUAGCUGUGUGUACUCCGGAGUGCAGACUCUCGGUAAAGAGCUCUUCCUGUACUUCGGAGGCCGAGCGCUGAGGCUGCACUUCGGGAUGGACGGCUCGAUGCGUAUAAACCCAGCGGAGAGAAAAGACAGCAGAGGAAAUCCUCCGACUCUCGUCAUCUCUCUCGCUGAAGACACGCUGGCUUUCUACAACACCACUGCUGAAAUUCGACUCUCAGAGGACUGCAGGGAGAAGGUGCGUCUCAUGGUGAGUCUGGACGUCUGCUCCCCGAGCUUCAGUGUGUGUGGUGCGGUGGAGGCGGUGUGUAGAGAGCGCGGCCGCAGUGUGUGUGACGUUCUGCUGGAUCAGUCGGUUUUACCCGGCGUCGGGAACAUCAUCAAGAACGAAGCGCUUUUCCUCAGUGCUCUUAAUCCUGCAGUCAAGGUGAGUGAGCUGAAGACGGAACUCGUCCAGCACCUGGUGAAAAUGACGCGGGAGUUCACGCUGCUCUUCUACCAGUGUCGUAAACGCGGCUCGGCGCUCUAUAAGCACUGUAAGGUGUACAAGCGCUCCAGCUGUGGUCAGUGCAGUGCUGCCGUCACCGUGUGUCGCUUAGGGAACGAUAACAGGAUGACGUACUUCUGCUCACGCUGCCAGACUAAAGAUCCGACUGAAAUCGACAUCAGUAAACUCCCCAGUCUCAACACUUUACCGAGAUGGACGAGUCAGAGAUCCGUGCAGGACGUCGACUGUGUCGCCACAAAAGAGGAAGAAGAGUGGUCAUGUGACCUUUGCACGCUGGUUAACCGACCAAUCGUCAAGUUCUGUGAAGCGUGUAUGAGUCCUCGACCUCUGGCUCGUACAGACGCAGUGAAGGAUCCUCCCUUCUUUAGUGCACUUAUCCGCUUCCCUCACAACACUUUCUCCAAACCGCAGCAGGAAGUGAAGCUCCACCGCAGAGCUGCGUUCGGGAACACCACCCUCGUCCUGUCUGACCUCGGCCCCGGACCCGCUACGCCUCCGAGUCACGCCAGCGGCCGCAGGAGCGGCGUAGGGCUAGGGAGCGACUCCAGCACUGCUGGGAUUGGGACACAGCCCGCAGGAGCUCAUAUCAGCAAACGAGCCUCGCCUGGAUUUCCCAGCAUUCCUAGCAAGAGGAGGAAGACGGAGAGUGAACGUCUGACAGGAGGACAGCAGCAGGAUGAAAACCAGCACACGUCAAGCAGUGGCACUACUUCACUACCCACAAUCCCUUGCUGCACCACUCACCGCCGUCCCGGCGUCCUCAGGGUGGUCACUAAAGAGGGAGAGAAUAAAGGCAGGCACUUCUACACCUGCGCCCUUCCCCGAGGCUCCCAGUGUAACUUCUUUGAGUGGGCUGAUCUGCACUUCCCCACGUGUCAUCACGCUAAACGCACCCUGAUGAGAACCGUCCUGAAGCCGGGGCCGAAUAACGGGCGACGUUUUUACGUCUGUCCGCUGAAACAGGGGAAACAGUGCGAGUUCUUCCAGUGGGCGGAGAAAAGCUCGUGAGCCAAUCAGCUGCUCACACGUCACACGUCAUCACACACAGUUACACCCGGCACUGUGGGUUAUUUUAUUAUAAACAUUUCAUUUAAAUAUGCAAAGAUAAAUCAUUUCUUUUUUAAUGUAGCUGCUUUCUUUGGUUCCAUUUAAUCAAAUAUAGAUAAAAAAAUUCAACACUUUUCAUUACAUUAAUAAAAAGGUUCUUUAGGAAUGCAAGUUAUAUUUGUAUACAAUAAUUAUUUACAUUUUCCCCCAAUUUCUGGAAGUUUUUACAUUUUCUGAAUACAUAAUCUACAUUUUUAUUUUUGAAAUAGAU